AUGGUCUCACAGUCUGCCAACGUCACGCGCGUAAGGACACGGACCGGAUGCAGAAACUGCAGGCGCAAGCGCAAGAAGUGUGAUGAACAGCGUCCUGUUUGCAGGGGAUGUCUCCGCAGCGGCGCCGAGUGCGACUGGGGCUUGAAGCUUGUCUUCCGUCCCGAGCAUGCAGAAACCAUAGCUGCGGAUCAUCCUUCGAUGCAGCAGCGGAGGAACUCGCUCGGGCGGCGCCUCAGGGACUUUGACAUCAUCAAUGUGACAUCCGAAGUGAUUCGCGAUUACUGGAACGAUGUCCUGGAGACUCCUGGCAAUAGAGGGCUAGCCAAUGGCUACAGCCAAGGAACACUCUCCCCAAAUGGAAUGAGAGCCUCUUCUUCUGGCUCAGAUCAAGAACUACCCGCUUACACCAUUGACAGCUCCGCCAUCAGCGACCAGGUGGAGUCAUCUCUGAUGCAUCAUGGCACGCCGGGUGACCAAGGAAGCGAGACAACGCCUCGCACGUAUGAAAUGCUCCAUUCCAUCGCGGCCGGUCUUUUAGAUCUAGGCCGGCCCAUACCUGCUUCAGAGUUGGCUGGCGGUGCCACUCAAUCAUACUCUCCUUUAGACAACACUUUACUUCCACUAGAACCCCAAUGCAAACCAUCUACAGCGGAACAGAGCUAUGAGGAUGAUCCAGAAGAUGGAUUAUUUGUGCCUGGCUCUGCAUACUUUGAGUUUCACUCUGCGCUUCGGAACCACACAUUUCAGGCAGCCAGGACGGCUGUUCCUCCUCGCCAUGGUGCGCAUUCGAGCACACAAACGAGCCGUGGCAAUAGCAGCAGAGUCACGCCUAUCAACCUUGCAACAGCUACUUUAAUCGAUCCUGGAGACACGAGAAGAACUGAAUUAUCCGCUCAAUUCCACAACUUGUCUCCUCACGAGGAGUAUGAACUUUGGAGAAACUGGAUCGAGGAGAUCGCGCCUUGGUUGGACAAGUUUGACAUUCACUGUCACUUUGGCCAUGUCUUACCAACCCUUGCUCGAGAACAUUCGCAUGUCCGAUUCUCUGCACUUGCUCUCUCAUCGCGACAACUAGAGCGUAAAUAUCCGGAUCGCUCUUUUAAGAGUCUAGAGCUAUACCAAGAGGCUAUCCACCAGCUGAUACCACAGUUACAGACGAGGACAACAGCCGUAGCUGCGUCUUGCGUUGUACUCUGCGUUUUAGAAAUGAUGAACUGCUCCCCCAAUAUGUGGAGACAGCAUCUCGACGGAUGUGCCAGUCUCAUCCAGUCAUUAGGGAUCAACGGAUCGUCUGGCGGCUUUGAGCAGGCACUCUUUUGGUGUUUCGCACGCAUGGACUUGUGCGGCGCAUUCAUCUCAAACGAGGCCACAAUCAUUCCCAAAGAGCGCUGGCUCUCUCGUUCCAUUAUUGACAUGAGCAUCUCGACGCUCCCAAAGACGCUGGGAGUCGGAAUGUACGCCAAUUAUAUCGUUUACAUGUGUGCCGCGGUCAUGAGUCUCAUGAGCAGCAGCCUUGAAGUCGAGCAUGCAGAUCGCUGGGAAGAAAUGUUUGCACAGUUGACAAUGUGGUACCGACAUCGGCCGGCGGAAAUGCGGCCGGUCUUGGACAUUCCCCCCUCCGAGGUCGAUUAUACUCGCCCCUUUCCCACCCUGCUGUUUUCGACACCAUGUGCUAUAUCAGGGACACAACUAUAUCAUACUGCAUGUCUCUUGAUGUUGCAAAAGAAGCCGCAGAGAGUGAACCUUGGGCCGGGCACGCGGCCAAUGCUUUGGCAUGCCCGCAGAAUUUGUGCAAUUUCGAUAUCAAAUCAUCAUCAUGGAUGCUGGACAAAUUGCAUCCAACCACUAUGGAUAGCCGGUCAACACAUGUCUCAUCAUGCCGAACACCGAGCAAUCUUGGAAAUCUAUGAACUCAUUGAGAAAGAAACGGGCUGGGGUGCUAAAUGGCGAGCAAAUGAUCUAGAGGCAUUUUGGGGCAAUCUCGAUGGGGACUGGUGCUGA